CCGGUUGGCUCCUGAUCCUCAGCAGCGUGAGUGUUGUUGGUGUUUACGAAGUCCGUGUUUCUCUGCUGUCACGGCGGAUAGUUUGAAUUAUGAGCUCGAAAAGAGCUCAGAAUGAGUCCGGAGCCACCGAGAAAAAGAGGAAGAAGAAGAGCUGCGAGGAAGCGGCGCUGAGUUCAUGUGUGGAGGAGAAAGAGCUGCAGGGAGCCGUGAAGGAAGCAUGGAGGAGCAGGAGUCACUACAGCCACGGGGAUCUGGAGCUGGACUGCCAUCCUUUUCCUCACUGCAUCAUCAAGAACUUCCUCAGCAGCGAAACCUUCAUAGAAAACCUACAGAGAGAGCUGCUGGGACUCAACUUCCACGAAAAAUCAAACGACCUCUACAAAUUCAAACAGUCAGAUGACCUGAAGAAGAGAACAGAGCCACACAUUGCAGGACUGAGAACAGCACUGUUUGGACGUUUCCGUUCCUGGCUGGGGGAUGUGUUGGGGGUUGAGCUGGAGCCCACUGUGGAUAUUUCAUGUGCCAGAUAUGAAUACACAGAUGUUUUGUUGUGUCAUGAUGAUGAAUUGGAGGGGAGACGUGUUGCUUUCAUUUUGUAUCUCGUGCCUCCGUGGCAGAGCAGCGACGGGGGAGCCCUCGACCUUUACACAACAGACAGUAAUUUCCAGCCACAGAGCAUAGUGAAGUCACUUGUGCCUUCUUGGAACACACUCGUCCUUUUUGAAGUUUCCCCAGUUUCCUUUCACCAAGUGUCAGAAGUUUUGUCACAGGACAAGUGUCGUCUGUCUCUGAGCGGAUGGUUUCAUGGACCUUCUCUGGAGCGUCCUCCUCGCCACAUAGAGCCGUCCGUCCCAAGGAGUCCACACUUACCAAGAGAUGAGACGGUGCUGCUGGAGUGGGUCAAUCCAGUGUAUCUGGAUAUUUCGUAUCAAGAGCAGAUUCAGGAGGAGUUUGAAGAGAGCUCUGAAAUUCAGCUUAAAGACUUUCUUAAGGAGGAGAAGUUCAUGGAGGUGAGUGAAGCACUGCAACUCACUCAGAUUCAGUGGAUGAAGAGAGGUCCAGCCAAUAAGAGAAACUAUGAAGUGGCUUCUCUGGAAACCUUGCCUCAGUGCGUCACUGCAUGUUGGGAGCUGCUUCGGUCAGAGUCGUUCUUCCUGCUUCUGUCCAACUUUACCGGCCUUCGACUGCACUACCUGUGUCCUGCUGAUGAGGAUGAUGAUGAAGACAAAGAGAAGCAAGAGGAGGAUGAAGAAGCCACUGUGUCUUCAAACGAAUCCUCUGCUGCGAAUGCAACCAAACAGAAAGAGCUGAGCACACCUGUAUGCUGUGGUGAAGUGCGACGAUGGUCUCAUGGCGGCUACACUCUGCUGUACGACGGAGAAGCAGCACGAGCCGAGUACGCUCUGGACCUCGUUUUGCCUUUCGGCUGCACAGACUGGCAGUCAGAGUUUGGAGGCUACACAUGUUAUGUUGCAAACGAAGAGGAUGAAGAGCUCCUGACUGUCUAUCCAGAGGAUAAUUCUCUCGCCCUCGUCUACAGAGACAAAGAAACCCUCAAAUUUGUCAAACAUGUCAACGACAAAAGCUCCUCAGAGUCUGCUGGCAGAGGCUUUUAUGACUUUUCUUAUGUCUACUAUGAAUAAAUAGUACAUGUGUAUAUAUAUAUAUAUAUAUAUAUGUAUAUGUAUGUAUAUAUAUAUAUAUAUAUAUAUAUAUAACAUGUUUGUGGCAAAAGGACUGCACCGAAAUGGCACUUUUAACUUGACCUCCCAGCUUAUUGAAAGAAAUUACAGUUCAGUCUUUAUAGGCUGAAUGAGACAUGUGGACACAAGGAGGCAGAGAACAAUCACCACCUAAUGUACAAUCUGACUUUGCAAACUACUUUUUGACUGGCAUGAUGAUAUUGCUACCUUUUUAUGAGACAAUGGUAACUCUAGGAAACAUUGGGGAAAAACAAUUCAAGCAAAUUCAUCUAGUUUUAAUUGUAAUUUGUCUGAGUGCCCCAAAAUCUACUGACAUUGCUCCCUUUUGGUUCAUUUUAUGCAAACUACAAGUUGAAGAAUGCAAUUAAAUUAGCUGCCAUUAUGUAUGUAAUUACAAUGAACUUUUAGAAACUUGUUGAGGGGAUAUGAGGGCGUUAUUUCAUUACAGAGCAUUCGUUUUAUUGACACACUAGAAGUUUUGAUUGUCCUUUACAAGUCAUACGUAACUCAUUAAGCGAGAGAAGUUGUUGUAAAAUGGUCAGCAUGGUUAGAUAAUCUUGAUUAAAGUCCUGCUGGAAGACCCAUAAA